GGUUAGUCUGUUACACUGCGGUGGAAUCGCUGGACUUAGGUUGCCUCCUGCGGUGGGAUUGUCCCCAUGCCAGUCCUAAUACCACCUACACCGUGCAGACAAAGACUCAGGGGGACCCCUGGCAGGACGUACCGUGGUGUGUUUGGAUCUCAUCCCACAACUGCGACGUCUCUCACGCCUUUUCAAACUUCGAGCUGUACAACAUGAUUCGUCUCGGCGUCCACCUCAACCCCAGCUCCACCAUCUGGAUCAAGCCCCGCAAGUUCGACUACAGUGACUUCACCUUCAGCCCUCCGUCAAUCUCCGUCUCUUUGAAAGACGACCAGCUGCUGGUGAAGGUGCAGUUCCCCUGUGCUUCCAACAGGAGGUGCUCUAUGGAGAGGUGCUGUCCCAUCUCUCAGCUGAUCGACCCCUGGACCACAGUGACACUGUACAACCAGCUCAAUCGCUCUGAUCACCAGAGCCGUACGGUUUGGACCCAGGAGGUGAUGUCCUAUGUGGAGUUCUCUGGUUUGUCUCCAGGUCAGAACUACUGCGCUGUGGCCAACUUCUCCUUCCCGACCUUCUCCAUGGCUGCUUCUUCCAAAUCUGCCCCUCAGUGCAUCGAAACCGCCUCUGAAUCAGGGCUGCUGUCUGUGAUCUUUCUGGGGGUCUGUCUCGCUUCUCUGCUCAUUUUUCCACUUCUCACCACACUUCUGCCAAAAGCGAGACGAGACGCAGCAACAGCUGAAAAUCAACCCAAGACUCCGGCAUCUGUUCCUGAUCCAGUCUCUUCAGUUCCUUUGUCUCUGGUCCCAGUCGACCCCUGUGACAUCCACCUGGAGCUCACCAACGACCACGUCUCCACUGAGGACCUGAACUCAGCGAUAGGAAACACAAACGCGAGUGCAUCGUACUGGAAAAUCAGAGGGAAAGAACUAGACUGAGGCCUGUAUCUCCUCAGAGGAGACAUGUAGGACAAAUGGAGACUAAAAGACUGACAGUGUUUGCUAUGUGGAGGUAUGUGUCUGUACACCUGGGAUUUAUUGUGUUCUGAGGGAAGAAGAAGAAGAAGAAAUGCCUGCAAGUUCCAGUUUGAACUGAUAUCGCAGAGUGGGGAAUCAAUAUUGUUUUGUAAAAAAGCAGAGAUCCAGUUUUAGAUCUAGAUCUGACAUAAUUAAAGAAUCAACGUCGCCAUUUAUUAUUUGAAGAUGUAGUUAAAACAAUCUCAUCUUGCAGGAACUUCUUGCAAAAACCAUAAAUGUCUCGACGAGGAGAAAAUAAGAAAAACUCGAGUAUCUUUAAAAUUAAACCUUAAAGCCAUCCUCAAAUUAUUCAGAGAAAAACAAAACUGUAGAUGUUACAAUUUCCUGUAGAAACUACAUGAGAAUCUUGUGACUCAAGAGCAGCUACUAAAUGGAUCCUCAGAAAUCAAGGAUUGAACCUUUUAAUGUAUAAACAAAUCUUCAAAUCCUCUUACAUCUUUCACUGACCUUUAAAUAGCUUUUUGUUGUCAAAAAUUGAACAAAUUCAGUCUGCUGAGGAAGAUAACAUAUUUUAGUUUCAACCUACAGUUUCCAAGGAUAAAACUGAGCUUUAAAGCUUUAUAGUAUUUAAUCAUUCUCUUGGAAAUUUACCAUUUAAAAAAAACUGUAGACAAGCAGAAGAAUAAUCUACAGAAUUGCAUAUCGCAGCCAUAAAUGAGAUAUUUACUUGCAUAAAUGUGCAGUUUUGUUUUUUUAACCCAAGUGGUCAUGGUUUGUUGGGUCCUCGAUAUAGAUUCAGUUUGGUUCAAAAAUGGAGCUAAAUGAAUUCUACGUGAAUUCUGUGAGUUGGUCAGAAGGCAGCUGUCACCUUCUUUGAGCUGUAAGGUUCACAGAAGGUUCAAAGGUUCACUUUGUGUGCAGGAGUUUUAUUUAGCCACAUAUUGGCUCCUUUCCGCCUCUUCAGGUGCUGUUCUUGUACUUGGCCGUGAUCUUUCACCUUGUGGCUGAGAGCAUCUGGGACAGAGCCAAAAACUGAUCAGUUAUUGAGAGCUCAUCAUUUUUCUCUCACAUAAUGAUUCUAACUGAAGUGACAGAAGUGUGGCUCCGGUCUGAAACCUCUGAACAUUCGUCAGCCUGACAUGAGUCAGAGGACUGAAGGUUUCAGAGCUCAGGCUGGUGAGUGAGAACCACCAGUGAAGCAGAGAUAGUUUAUCUGGCUGCUCCAAGUGGAGCUGUUUUUCUGUUUGUUCACAUAUGAAUCUGGUCUCGGUUCUUCCUCUCUCUGAGGUCCAGUACCACUGAACACUGAGUCCAAACCAUGAGCUUUAUAAACAAGAACUGAGAAAACUGCUGACCCCCCCCCCCCCCCCCCCCC